AGGUUUUACCACAAAUAGGAAAGAAAGGGUUAUGAUCCCCUUUGACUAUGGUCUGAGUAAGAAACACUAAGGAGGCCCAUUCUGUAGUUAAAAAAGCAUUUGUCUAUAUAGAUCUGUGAGUCCUCAUGACUAGUGAUCCACCUGAAUCAAGCUUCUAGACAAGUAGCAGUAGGAAUAAGCCUAAAUGAAGAGACUGAAUCCCAGGAGUGAGAUAUGCUCAAUCCUGGCCCUUAUCCAGCUGCCAAUCCAAAUAAAUUAUAAGAGGUUCUGGGAGGAGAGUGGUCAAUGCAAGGGCCUUUCAUUGGGAAUGAAGUAAUCACACCCCAGAAAAGCUGCUACCCUUUGACUAAGCCCCGAGUCUCACCAUUUUGCCUUUAAGCUGUUGUCUGAUGUAUUUUCAUCCUUAAAAUAUUUGAAAAGGCUCCCCCAACUUUUGCGAAUGAGCUAAGGGGAAGCUGCUGUUACCCACUACAUAACAUCCCUGUGCCUGUCUCCAAUACAACCACCUUAGAAAACCUCAAAGAAUCAUGCUUCGGUAUAGAGGGCGAGGCCUUAGACCAGCGGAACCUUAAAAGCCGGGGAUGAGACGGAAUGUAGUCCGGACGGAAAUUGGACUUCCGCCCCGCACCAGAUUUAUGACUUCCGCCCUGCAGGGAAUUUGCCUCCGCCUCCCCACCCUUCAGUCCGCCCAGCUCAGGUUCUGCGCAGUCUCCUGGAAUUAUUUGCCGUCUCUAUGGCAACCCGGUAGCUGGUGUCUGAAGAUGGAGACCCUUGAUUCUACCGAGGAGGGAUCGUGGUCACGAUCUUUACCAGCACAGCCCAGCUCCGAAGGACUAGAGUCCUCUUCGGAACCGUUUCCUUCUUCAGAUGCCGCUCCUAGGUCUGCCCUGGCAGCUGCAGCCGCAGCAGCUGCAGCUGCUGCUGCAGCCAGUGCAGCAGCCUCCACCGCCAAAGCAGCUGUAUUAUCUGCAAAGAUCCAUGUGCCCUAUUCUGAGCGAAGCCUUCUCACGGAUCCCUCCUCUGACAGUCUUCUUGGGACGCCCUGCCCUGGACCCAAUUUUACUCACAAGAUAGUCCAUGGGAGACUUGGCUUUAAGCCUGAUGUUUCCUAUAUUGUUCGGGACCCUUGUACUACAAAUGAUCUUAGCUCUACCCCUGACCCUUGUACUGGCUCUAGCUUUUUCCCGGUUCCUGGCCCUGGCCCUGGCCCUGGCCCUGUUCCUGGCUCCAGCUCUGGCCCUGGCCCUGUUCCUGGCUCCAGCUAUGGUCCUGGCCAUGGUACUGGCCAUGGCUCUGGCUCUGGUCAAGGCACUGAUCCUGAUUCUCGCCCUUGUCCUGCCUGUGACUCUAGGCCUGCUCCAGGCUCUGGCAAUGACCCUAAGUUCAGGCCCUAUACUGUUAAAAGCUUCAGAAAUCCUGUGACAAACCUGGCCCCUAAUUAUGCCUCCUGGAAUCACAGCCAAAACUGGGAGCCUCAGAAACAAACCUGGAAAUUUUUGCCAGUACCAGAACCUGCUGCUGGAAGGCUAUGGAAGCUGCCUGAGGUUGAAGGGAAGCAUAAGGUUCUCAGUGAAAGCCUAUGGAAGCCCCCUGGAGUUGAAGGGAAGCAUGAGUUUCUGAAUGAAACAUUGCCACGGGGCCACUCCCUUCUCUACAACUGGGAGGAAGAGAGAGCCACCAACCACCUGGAUCAAGUCCCAAGCAUUCAGGAUGGCUCCGAAAGUUUCUAUUUCCGACAUGGACACCAAGGACUGCUAACUCUGCAGCCACAGUCACCCAUACCCCUCAGCACCACCAUGAAAGACUCAUACCAGCCCCCAGGAAACCGCUAUCAGCCAAUGCAAGGAAAGCGUACAGCCAUGCUGGAGAUGCUCCUGUGCCACCAGAUCUGUAAAGAGGUGCAGGCAGAGCAGGAACCCACAAGGAAGCACUCUGAGAUGGAGUCUGUGACACACCAUGACUACCAGAAGGAGCUGGUGCAGGCAGGGCCUCCUGCCCCAACAAAGCCUCAUGACUACCGUAAGGAGCAGCCUGAAACUUUCUGGAUACAGAGGGCACCACAGCUACCAGGUGUCAGUAACAUCAAGACACGGGACACGCCAUUCCGGAAGAACUGCAGCUUCUCAACACCAGUGCCUUUGUCCCUGGGGGAGCCUUUGCCCUAUGACCCUGAGAAUUAUUCCCACCAAUUGGGAGAAAUCUCUUCUCUUGGCUGUCAGGGAAGAGGGCAGGGUUGCAGAGGGGGUAGAACUGUCUAAGGGUUAAGGAGGGAAGUGAUGUCUGGAAUAUGGAAUCUACUUCUGUCUGUAUUGGAGAGGUGGGGAGGAAGUGAAUUCUGUUUGUACUUGGUGAAGGGGCUUUACAUAAAGGGUUCUUUCUCAUCCUG